GUAUGUAGAAAUAAUUCGAACAGAUUUAAGAUGAGAAAAAACUAAGUCCAACUAUUUAUUCGAUAACUGACAAUGUACUUUUUACAAGAGCAAACUGGAGCGUAUGAAAUAUGAAAUUAGUCUGCUCGUUCUGCGCUUGGCGGAAGAGAUCUUCGGGUGAUGCGGAUCGAUGCCCCUUUCUCGCUGGAUCCUGGAUCCUCCCUCAGGAUUAUCCCUUGUCCAAUGGUGGAGGAGUCCACCCCGUCCGAUGUGGGCCCCUUCUCCUGGCUGUGGUCCACCCUCAGCCGCGUGGUGGUGGAGGCUCCGCCAAGACGCGGGAACGUAACAGCGCACAUGUGCUUAGAGAAAGCGUGGAACACAGAGAAGACGGAAAACAAACAAGUCUUUGUACUAGGUGAAAAUUUACGACCCUCUUCGAGUGCAUGAAAAGACAGAAUAUUCGUAGAAGACCUCGAAGCUUUCAAGAACCGAACGCGACUUAGUCGAAAACAACGAAUUCGAUACGGUCCCUAAUAAAUUAAUCCCUACAAACAUUCGAAGUGAAGCUAAGUUUAUUCUCUGGAUUCCCAAACUUUUCCUAGCAUGAACAUCCACGUCGAGUGGCUUUAACAAUAUAAGCUUUGUCUAUUGUACAUGAUCGCACGCUCAGAUGGUUUAAAUUUCGCUCUUAAUUUAUGGUCAUCGAUAUAACAAAAUACAGACGCGCUCUGUAAAUAUUCUCACGGCCGGGUCGCCAUACUACAUUAACUGUAUUCAGGAUGAUAACCAUGUAAGUACGCUCGCGUUACAAAUGUAUAGCUUGUUUGCCCGAAAGGACGUACUUGAGUCGCGCAACUCAAGUAACUUCAGUAUGUUUCCCACCAGUUAUUGUUGUUCCAAUAUCCUACGUUUUCAAUUCAUUCAUCAGUUAUACACAUAGUAGACAAAACAUGUAUAUCGAUAAAAAGAAAAUGUGAUAUUACGAGAAGUAAAUACUUAUAAAAUAAAAGAGAUUUUGUACAAAAUUUUUAUCUUCAUAAAAGAUUAUAAUACAUCACAUAAUCAAGUUUAUUUAGAUUUUGUCUUAUUUAUUUUUAUUUCUUUUUUGUAUAUAUCUUUUUAAUUCGAUUUAUGAAUUUAAUUAAUUUCGUGCCAUUCUUAAUUAUCAGAUUAGUGUCUGACCACUUUUUUUUGCCACUCAACAUUUACAAAACUUUUAACCCACUGGGUACAUACGCACAACACUGUAAAAGUCAUAAAGACGCCUGCGCGUUAUCCUUAGUUACGAAGGAUGCUCGAACCAAUUAGAACAGACAUGCGCAGAACUAUACAAAAACUGGUCGGAUAAUGAGUAUGUUCUCUUGGCGGGCGAAGUAUAUACAGCAUUUUUUUCCUUUUUCAAAAUUUCUACGUUUAAAUUCCCUAGACAGCGAAAAAAUAAUCUCUAGAUAAACAUUUGUGGAAAGAAGACACGCGAUGGAAAGCAUAAAUAUUUACAUUUCUUGAGUGUUUGCGAGAGUAAUUUUUAUUUAUAAUCAUGAUAGACGGCAAUAUUUCCAUGGAGGAGGAUACCGAAUUACGAGAUUUAGUGGUACAAACCCUUGAGAAUAAUGGUGUCCUGGCAAAAGUGCGGGCGGAACUCAGGGCAAGUGUGUUUUUAGCUUUAGAAGAACAGGAAUCAGUUAUGGUAUGUCAAAAUGUUUUAUAAUGGCAUAACAACUUUCAGUACACAU